GUUAAAAUGGGUUAUAUCACAGAAUCCAAUAAUGAAUUAGAAUUAAAUCAUGAAGUGAAUUUGGCUAAUAUUGGACAUAAUCAAAAUAUAUGGCAUUAUAUUAAAUUAGAUAUAAAUUUCAUUAAUCGUAAUUUAUUAUUUCAAUUAAAAUCUCAAACAUCUAUUAGUGAUACAUUAGCACCAUUUAUAAAAGCUAAUCGACUUAUAUCAAUACAUCUUGGACGUAAUACAAUUUUAACAUCUGAUAAAAUGAAACAAUCUGUUUAUAAUUAUCAUGGUGAAAUGUUCAAAGGUUGUAUACGUAGUCUUCAUUUAUCCACAUCAACAGAAAUACGUAAUAUUAAUUUACCAGAAGAUUUACCUGGUUUCUUAUAUGGAUUAUGUCAUACCUCAUUAGUUUGGUAACAACAACAACAACAACAACGACACUGUUCAACACAAUUCAGUA